AUACCAAGAGCCAUCCACCCUCGCUUCUCCAUAGACGAGCACCAAACACCACACCGAUUGAGCGUCAGUACUAGCCGUAUAAUCCAUAGCAGACAGUAGAACGAUCCAUCAUGACUCAGCGGCCGAGCUCUCGUCGUGACUUUUGCGUUUUCCGACGGGCCCAAGGCCUCAGAGCCCCACCCGACCGUGCAUCCAGCACGCCCUACAAGUGAUUCCCAAGCUAACACAGUCACUACUUACCUCAACAUACUACUGAGGAUGUACAUAAGUAUGAGUCUGCUGCCGUCGACUCAGAAUCCAAUCCGAGCGCCCAAUGGCUUCUACUCAGAGCACACAGGUCGAGUUGACCACUUACCCACAGCAGCCUUCGGCGGCGACAACGGACAUCGAAAUACUACGCGAACACGAAGAUGACGAUCAACGUCUCAACAGCGACAAUGGCUUCUCCCUUCCGCCUACCGAUGGUGGUAAGGAUGCCUGGCUGUGUCUGUUCGCUUGCUUCAUGCUUGAAGCCAUGAUCUGGGGCUUCCCUUCCUGCUAUGGCGUCUUCCAAGAGUAUUAUGCUACUAGUGAGGAGUUCUCUGGUCAAAGCAAUAUCGCCGUUGUGGGUGCCUGUGCGAUGGGUAUCAUGUACAUGGAUAUCGCCUUCUGGUUUGCCGUGCUCAAAUACUUUCCCAAAUUUCGCAUCUGGGCCACUCCCGUUGGUCUAGUCGUUGUUUGCCUCGCUUUGGGUCUUGGAUCGCUAUCAACGAGCGUCACGCACCUCAUUGUCACUCAAGGUAUCUUGUACGCACUCGGCGGCGGCCUCGCAUGGACGCCAAUCCUCUUCAACAUCGAAGAGUGGUGGGUACGCAGAAGAGGCUUUGCCUAUGGAGCCGCCAUGGCUGGCCUUGGAUUGAGCGGGGCCAUCCUCCCUCUUAUACUCGAAUGGCUCCUACACUCAUACGGGUUCCGGACGACUCUACGGGUAUGUGCGCUCAGCUUCGUGGCCCUCAACUUUCCGAUAGUCUUCUUCUUCAAGCCUCGUCUUCCACUAUCGCAAACAUCGCAGUCCAGGGGUUUUGAUCUGUCCUUCUGGACAUGUUCGAAUUAUCUCAUCCUGCAAUCCGGCAACAUCAUCCAAAGUCUUGGCUUCUUCCUACCAGCAAUCUACCUGCCCACCUUUGCUCGGUCCAUUGGCGCAGGUAGCAUCGAAAGCACCGUUACAGUCAUCCUCGUCAACGCCGCUGCAUUUGUCGGAUGUCUAUGCAUGGGUAUCGCUACCGACAAGUACCAUGUCACGACAUGUCUUAUGGUCUCUGCACUGGGGUCAACGGUCGGCAUAUUUCUCCUGUGGGGAUUCUCUACAUCACUAGCGCCAUUGUACAUGUUCUGCAUUGUCUACGGUGCCUUUGCUGGCUGUCAAUCGAGCGCCUGGAGUGCAAUUGUCGCAGACACUCAAAAGAAGCGCAAAGGCGCAGAUUCUGGCUUUGUAUGGGCGUGUCUAUCGGCUGGGAAAGGAGUAGGCAACUUGUGCAGUGGUCCGCUCUCAGAAGCAUUGCUACAUGCUGGUGAUUGGCGUGCAGGCUUUGCUUAUGGCAGCGGAUAUGGAGCGUUGAUCGUCUUCACAGGUGUGACUGCACUGUUGAGCGGCUGGGGAUAUGCUGCAAGGAGAAUUGGAUGGAUUUAACCCGAUGCCUCUCGAUGCCUGACGUAGUUCAUUGCCGAGGUCUGCAUCCCGCACGGCAGUACGUCACACAUCACGCCGUUACUACAUUUCAAACACCAAGCAGGUCUCCCGAUGCUCAAGUA